ACAGUCAGUAAUAUCCAAACUAGAAUCAUGCAAAUCAAUAAGACAAGUGAAACAAGUGCACUCACUCAUGAUCACCACCACCCUCAUCACCCACCCCAUCCCCCUCACUAAACUCAUCCACUCCUCUCUCUCCGCCGAUCUCCACCACGCCCACGCCCUCUCCAUCUUCCUCCACCUCCACAACCCCUCCCUCCACCUCUGCAACUCCAUGCUCCGAGCCUUUUCCACUUCCCAACAUCCCUCUACCACCCUAUCUUUAUACAAACACUUGCACCGCCUUGGUCUCUCACCGGACCAUUUCACCUUCCCGUUUGCACUCAAGGUGUGUGCUGAAAUGCCUGACAGAACAACAGGGCGUUGUAUUCACUCGCGCGUUGUCAAAACCGGGUACCAGUUCGACGCUUAUGUGAACGCCACGCUGGUUCGCAUGUACGCUUGUUGUGGCGACGUCGAGUGCGCGAGGUCUUUGUUUGAUGCUGAGAAAGAUCCGAACGUCGUCGCGUGGACGACGAUGAUUGCUGGAUAUGUUGCUAAUGGGCGAGCUUGUGAAGCCAUUGCUUUGUUUAAAGAGAUGGUGGAGAUGGGGAUCACGCCGAAUGAGAUCACGAUGGUGCAUGUCCUCGGCGCAUGCGCGCACGCUCGGGAUUUAGAGACUGGUCGAUGGGUUCACGCUCGGACUCGAUCAAUGGGACGGUGUAAUGUCGUGCUCGGAACGGCGCUUGUGGACAUGUACGCGCGGUGCGGUAGUUUGAGGAUUGCGCGGGAGGUGUUUGAUGAAAUGCGUGAGAGGAAUCAGGUGACUUGGAAUGUUAUGAUUAGUGGAUAUAAUCAGUAUGAGAAGUUUGAUGAUGUGUUUAGGAUGUUUAGAGGGAUGUGUGAGGCUGGGUUGAGGCCGGAUAAGGUGACUUUGUUGAGCUUGUUGGGUGCUUGUGGGGGUAAUGGUGACUUGAGUUUAGGGCAGGGAGUUCAUGGGUAUGUUGAGAAGGUUAAUGGUGGUUGUUGGAGUGAUGAGGAACUUGGUACUUCUCUCUUGGAUAUGUAUAUUAAGAGUGGAGACACAGAGAGUGCGGUGAAGGUUUUUAGGGGAUUGAAGAGGAGGGAUGUGGUGGCCUGGACGAGUAUGAUCGUUGGGUUGGCAAUGAAUGGGGAUGGGAAGAAAGCUGUAAAGAUGUUUAAGGAAAUGAGCAAUGAAGGGGUUAGACCUGAUGGUGUUGCGUUUGUAGGUGUUAUGAGUGCUUGUAGCCACGCCGGGAUGGUUGAUGAGGGCCGAAAAUUGUUUGAUUCGAUGCAGACCGUUUAUGGUGUUCGACCAGAGGUGGAACACUAUGGAUGCAUGGUAGAUCUUCUAAGCCGGGCCGGAAGGUUGCAAGAGGCUGAGGGAUUGUUGAAGAUGAUGCCCAUGGCACCGAGUAUGCAAAUUUGGGGUGCAAUGUUGAGUGGUUGUGAGAGUUAUGGUGAAGUUCAGGUAGCAGAAAGGGUAAGAGAUCAGCUGGCAGAGUUUGAUCCUGGGGGAAGUGGAGUUUAUGUGCUGCUUUCCAAUUUGUAUGCUGGAGCUGGACGAUGGGUUGGAGCUGAGGGAGUUAGAGAGUUGAUGUGGCGAAGGGGAGUGAAGAAGAACCUGGGUUUGAGUUCUCUUCAACUGAAAGGGCCCUGAUGAUAACAGAAACACAUUUGUGUAAAUGAA